AUGCAGCUCUCUCAGUUCCUCGCCUUUUUGGCAGCCGUCCUGCCCGUCGCCUAUGGCGCUCCCUCGCAGGCCUCGUCCAGCCUUCACCCGAAGAUCCUGGCUGCCAUGAAGCGCGACUUGGGACUGGACGCCGACCAGGCCACUGCUCGUGUCGCCCGCGAGAUCGCCGCCACCGAGGUCAUCCAGCAGGUCCGCACCCUGGCUGGUGACUCGUUCGCCGGCGCCUGGGUUGCCGAGGACGGAACCACGAUCAACGUCGGUAUCACUGACGCAUCCCUGGCCGCCGAGGUCACCAACGCUGGUGCCACUCCGGCCAUCGUUGCCACCAGCCUCACCAAGCUUGAGGAGGCCAAGUCGGCACUUGACAACAUGGACAUCUCGCAGGCCCAGACCUUCGCCACCGACUCGGCUGACUUGGGCAUCGCUGCCUACUACGUCGAUGUUGCCUCCAACAAGCUCAUCCUUGAGGCACUCCCCGCCAGCAUCUCCCACGCCGAGUCUCUCGCCACCGAGGUCGGCCUUGCCGCAUCUGAGUUCGAGGUCGUGACUGUCAAUGAGAUGCCCACUACCUUGGCCACCGUCCUGGGAGGCGAUGCCUACUACAUCAACCGCGCUGCCCGAUGCUCCAUCGGUUUCUCGGUCACCACUGGAUUCGUUUCCGCUGGUCACUGCGGUUCCUCCGGUGACUCUGCCACCACCAGCGCCGGUGCCGCGCUCGGAACCUUCUCGGGAUCCGUCUUCCCCGGCAGCGCCGACAUGAGCUACGUCAAGACCGUCAGCGGCACCACUCUCCGCGGUUACAUUGACGGCUACGGAUCCGGCAGCUUGCCCGUUUCCGGCAGCACCGCCUCCGCCGUCGGUGCCAGCAUCUGCCGCUCCGGCUCCACCACCGGUGUCCACUGCGGUACCGUCGGCGCUCUCGGCGCCACCGUUACCUACUCCGAGGGACGUGUCACUGGCCUUACCCGUACUAGCGUCUGCGCUGAGCCCGGUGACUCUGGCGGUUCCUUCUACUCUGGUGCUCAGGCCCAGGGUGUCACUUCCGGUGGCUCUGGUGACUGCUCCAGCGGCGGUACCACCUACUUCCAGCCCGUCAACGAGAUCCUCUCGUCCUACGGCCUCACUCUUGUCAAGGCUUAA